CAAAAACCCAUAAAUUCCAUAAACAUAUCACAACUUUUUUGUUAGUCAAAAUUUUCCGUCUUUCAAAAUUAAGAUUCAAUAAAAACAAUUUCAAAUGAUUAUACCAGCUUGGAGGUGGUUGCACUUCAUUGUGCCUGUUGGACUUUUCGGUACCGCCGUUUGGGAGGCAAAGCGCUCAACUGCUGGCUCUCGGUUUGGCUACUCGGAACCGAAUCAACGUCGAUGGGCUCGGCAUCAUGGACAUUGCGCCGGCAAAACGCAGUCACCAAUCGCUUUACACUCGUCUAAAGCUAUCCCAUUGAAUAUGCCAGCGAUUGAUAUGAUUGGCUAUCAUAAUUUGCUGCCAAAUCCACUGCUUAUGGUCAACAAUGGGCAUACUGUUGCCAUCAAUAUACCCAAGCUGAGUGAAGAGGAGAAGGAGAGUGGCGAUUUUAUGCCGUACGUACGUGGCGGUAAGCUGCCAGGAGAUUUCGAAGUGGAGAGUGUCCAUUUUCACUGGGGCGAUAAGAACAAUCGUGGCGCUGAGCAUGUGAUCAACGACAUCCGUUAUACGAUGGAAAUGCAUAUUGUGCAUCGCAACAAGAAAUAUGCGACACUUGCCGAUGCGCUGGAAUUCACUGACGGCGCUGCUGUAUUGGGAUUCUUUUUCAAUUUGGAUGAAGAUGAAGGUGCGGGUUUGACAACAAUAUGCCGGCAUUUGAAUCUAAUACCGGAUGCGAAUGAUGCGGUCAAUUUAACAGUUACCUUCUCACUAUCCGCGCUGAUUGCUAAUGUAGAUUUGGAUAAAUUCUAUACAUACAAAGGUUCACUUACAACGCCACCCUGCUCGGAGGCCAUUACAUGGGUGCUCUAUCCCGAUCCCAUACCCAUUUCUCCCAAACAGAUUGCCCGCUUCCGUCAGCUGCAAGAUACGCAGGAUGGCGCGCUGGUUGAUAAUUUCCGUCAAUUGCAGCCGAUUGGUAACCGUCGCAUUUUUAUGCGCAACGGUAAUACGAGACAUACGCAUGUGGAAGCUUUGAAGAAGGAGCUGGACUAUAAGAAAUGGGAUUGGUAUAAUUGAUUUUGCAGCUAGAAUUGAAUUGGAUAUUCUCACAAUGCUUGUACUCGUGCAAUAACAAGCGGCCAUUUGCUUUUGCAAUCGAUUCUUAGUUAAAUGAAUUUUUAAUUUAUUAUUUAAUAUGCUUACAUAUGUACUUAAGUAAUUGCAUUGUUGUAAUUCUAGUGCGCUUGGCAUGUAAAUUUACUUUUUGUGUACUCUCUCCUAACGGACACCACUAUUAAGCGGACACCUCGCAUAUGCGGACGCUUUUUUCCUGUACUUACCACAAAUUUUUUUCUCUUGAGCGGAGAAGCUUUUUUCACUCCCAUAGCGUAUUACUAACGUUUUUUUACAUUUUUCUCAUAAGCGGACACUUUUUUCAGUCGUUUAGGUGUCCGCUUAAAAGAGAGUAUACUUGAUAUAUGAAUGUAUGCACGCAUUUCAGUUGCUGGAUGUGAAGCUAUAUAAUUUACUUAUAUUAUGCAUGUCUGUAUUUAUGUACAAGUUUGUAAAAUAAAUUAAUUCAACAUUAAA